CAAUCGUUUGUUAAUUUUUAACAGCUUAAAAGUAUUUACUUGUGUAGGUUUUAAGAAAUUCUUUAAAAGUUUUUUUUUUGUUUUGAAAAGGAAAAAAAAUUUAGUGCUUUGGCAGUUUUUGUGAAAUCAACAGAAAGGCCUUUGCCAGACUUUUUAAAAGUGACAUCAAAUUAUUUGUUAUGGAUUCAGGUAGAAAUUCUGCUAUACUGAACCCAAAGUUUUCUACCGGGAUGGGGUCACCCUGGGAUAUGGCAAAAGAGAGAGCUGCACUUCAACAAAAAUCUACGUUAAGGGCUGCCGCGGAGCUUGGUAAUUUGCCGAGUGAUUAUUGUGCUUUGAAAGGGGAUUACACGAGGGUUUCGAACACAACGGGGAAUCCAUACAUCGACAGUGGGCCUGGGAUCCAGGAUCCGAGCAAAAUCCCACCGGUCGGAUACCCUCCUGUUCAUCCUCCGAGUGAACAAGCCGUUUCAGAAUAUCUAAACAGAGAAUCAGUCCCAACCUAUGUCAGGCCUGGGUAUGAAGAAAUCCCUCCACAUGGUAAUAAGUCCAUUCCUUGUGCAGAAGGCACGCCAAAACAGUACAAUUUCCUCGAGCAGACUCCAGGAAUAACGAGAGAAAAUUAUGCUAUUCCAAAGCUCGAUAUUAAAGAACCUACUAAUUAUCAUAUGCAGAUCCCUCGAGCUAAGGAUUUUCAAACACCUGGAGGGUUAGCACAAAACCAAAGACUUUACAAAGCUGAUUAUGCCAAUCCAAGACUCUCACAGGAGGGACGUAUUGGUGUUGAACAUAGUAUGAACAAGUCUUUACACGGCAUGACCGGACGGAGCUGGGAUCCAAGACAGUACCAAGAAACACCUAUAAGACCAGAAUUGCCUGCUGCCGGGAUCGGUCCAGCCCUCAGCCCUCAAGGUCUUCCGAUGUCUGAGAUGAGACCUCAAGACUAUCCGUAUAAGGCAGACACCCCUAGUAUGCCUCCUCAAGAUAAGUACAUGCAUCCAGGAAUGAUGACUCAAGAAGCUCCUUGUGGGAUGCCGCUUCAGGAAUAUAAACCGGAGGAAAAAUACCCUGAAGGGAUUCCUCAAAAUUUACCUCCUACUCAGAAUUAUAAAAUGAUGGAACGACCGAAUGAGUACACAUCUCAGCAAAAGCAACCUGAACAAACUGAAAACAUGCAAACUGCUCCAAGGCCUCAAUCUGGGACCGCACCACAAAUCAAUCUGUCAGAACUGCAUAAAGCAGAACCUACUUUUGAAUCAGUUGCACUUAAAGGUUUAAAAAGGAUUCGCACUACAAAUCAAACUUAUGGAUCAUGGAUUGGAGAUCCAUUUUUGGAGGGGAAAGACUGGUACCGUUCUCCAAGAUUCCCCCACGUCAAAACUUAUUUAACAAAGCACAAGGAAGACUCCGGGUCUUGGAUGUAACAUCAAUUUGAAAAUCACACUUGCAGAGAAGAAAAAAAAAAAAAAAAAUGAGAAAAAGAACCUGCACAAAUUUUUGUAAGACGCAAUCUGUAUGACUAGAAGUUGCACCAAUAAAUGAAAAAAAAAAUUGUUUGAAGAAACUAGGUUUUGUAGGCAAUCUAAUUUUUACAGUAAUAAAAUAUAUUGCACGAUA